AAGGAAUUUAUUGAUAGGAAUUCCAUAUGUGCAGUGAAUGGAAGAAUAAGAAGGGUGGUUUGUGUUACUUCUGGGGGUACCACUGUUCCUUUGGAGCAGCGGUGUGUUCGUUACAUUGACAAUUUUAGUUCAGGUCACCGAGGAGCUUCAUCUACUGAAUACUUUGUGAAGGCUGGAUAUGCAAUCAUCUUCCUUCAUAGAAGGGGAACUUAUCAGCCUUAUCGUAGAUCUCUACCGGAGGAUACACUUUUGGAUUGUUUUGAGCUCACCUCUGGGUCGCAAAUUCAAGCACGUUCAUCUCAUGCUGAAGGAUUGGAGAGGGCAAUAAGAGAUCACCAGGCUGCAGUGGAAGCAGGGUGUUUACUAAGGAUUACUUUUACCACUAUCUUUGAGUAUCUUCAGAUUUUACGCAUGGUUGCAACAUCAAUGAACAGUCUUGGGACACAUGGAAUGUUUUAUCUUGCUGCAGCGGUGUCCGACUUCUAUGUUCCUUGGGAUUCCAUGGCAGAGCAUAAAAUACAGUCUGGAGCUGGUCCUUUGGAUAUGAGCCUGGCUCCAGUCCCAAAAAUGCUCUCAAUGUUGAGGAAAGAAUGGGCUCCAAUGGCCUUCUGUAUCUCCUUCAAGCUAGAGACAGAUGCUAAGAUUUUGUUAGAGAAAGCCAACAUAGCGUUGAGGAAGUACAAAGUGCAUAUGGUUGUGGCCAAUGAGCUCUCGACUCGUAAAGAGCAAGUCAUAGUCAUCACCGGCAAUGAUGUGAUCACUGUUCAGAGAGAGAAUCCCCACUCCGAUGUGGAGAAGCCACUCGUGGACCUCAUUGUGGAGCGACACAUGGCGCACACUCAGCAGUCAAGUGAUUUGAGCUCUAUCUAGUCAGUCCCUUGUGCCAAAGCUACAAAAUUAAAAUCAGAUUCUUUUUAUUUCUUUUCUUUGUCCAAAUAAAAUGGUCAAGUGGAAAUAAUUGACCUGUUCAUGAAAAUGUAUAAAAUGUUCAAAUUUUCCUAUAGAUGUUGGGAAAUUUUGUGCGCAGCGCAACUUUACCCUAGUGGUUCUUUGUAAUAUUUUGGCAAAGCUGAAUAAUUCUUUGUAAUUGAAGAACAGAGAAGCUACAGCAGUUUUCACUAGCUUCCGAUCAUACUCACACAUGAUC